CGGCCACCGACGGCAUCGUCGGGACUUUGGCAAUUUGGCGUGCCGGCACGUCAGUACUCGCCGGUCUGUUGUACCCGCCGCUCGGUAAUCGGUGUCGCAAUGUGGUACUCAUCGGUACGGUCGUCGUCGUCCGCGCGCGGUGCUCCGUCCAACGUCGGGCGGCUCGGUAACGCGAUAUUAUAAAUCAAAACACUAUAUUACCGUGGCAUUUGAUAAAAGUCAAAAACAAAUAAACGCAAAUGGUCCACGAUUUUCUCGUUUGAUCGUAUUAAUUUCUGUACUAGUUUUUACGAAAAUAUAUUAUGACAUUACAUCGAUUUGUAUCGAUCAAAUAUUUUUAGAAUAUAAUAAUAUAAUAAUAUAUAAUUGUUUAUUCGUUGUUCACCGUUCGCGUGGCGGAAUGAUUGUUGUGACGGUGGUACAGAUGGUGGCCGACAUACGAUGAGGGGGUCGCCGCAUAAUCAUAAUCACAACAACACGCAUAUACAGUAUCAGCAGUACCACCAGUACCAUCACGGUUGCGGUGGUGGCGCCGGCGGCAGUGGCAGUGGCGUCGGCAGGCGCGCCCGACCCAGACACGGGUGGCCCGAAGCCGCGGUCGCCGUUUACGUGGCCGUCGCCGUGGCCGUGACCGUGUGCUAUUGGAACGGUCUGCGUGGCGAUUUCGUGCACGACGACAUACCGGCCGUGGCCAUGAACGCCGACGUGCUGGGCACCGGCCCGCUGGCCCUCGUGGCCACCAACGACUUUUGGGGCACACCGCUGUCGGACCCCAACAGCCACAAGUCGUACCGACCGCUGACCACGCUGACUUUCAGGUGCGCCUAA